AUGAAAAUAGUCCAAGCCCCUUUCUUUUCCUUCUUUUUUUUUUUAUUUCCUGUUUUUUGUUUCUUCCAAUGUUAUGGUAUUUAUAAAAAUAAGAAAAUAUCAAAAGCAUUUCUUAUACAUAAGAAAGAGGGGGGGGGAAAGGCCUUUGCAUCAAACUUUAGAAGUAAGAGUAAAAUAUCGAAUCGGAGUAAUAAAUUAAAUGAACAUAUAAAUAAUAUUCACGUGGGGCAAAUUAAACUAGGAUAUAUUUAUGAUAUUAAAGAUAAUGAUAUAUAUGUAAAAUUAAAAGAUAAAGAUAGAAAUGUUGUUAUAAAAAAGGAAAAUAAUUAUUUACUCGAGAAUAAAUUACUUUAUGAUUAUUUGUAUGAUCGAAAUUUAAUAAAUGAUGUACUAUACAAUAAAAUAUCACAUGAAAAUUGUAAAGAUGUAAAAGAUAAUCGUAAAGAUAUUCAAGAUCAUUAUAAAAAGCAAACCAACCCUUGUGUUGUUCUCAUAAAAGAAGUUAACGAAAAAAAUGAUGAAAUAUUAGGAGAAUUAUAUUAUAAUGAAAUUAGUAAAAGGAAAGAUAAAAUUUUUGAUAAACUGAACGAACUAAAAAGUAUGGAAAAAAAAAUUUUUAUUAAAAUUUUAAAGAAUGUAAGAAAUAAAUAUUAUAUUGUUUUAAUAAAUGAUUGUAUUAAAGGUUAUCUUCUAUAUGAUGAAAAAUUAAAUCUCUCUGAACAAUUACAUAAAAAUAUUGAUACAUAUUAUAAUAAAAAGUUCAAUGAAAAAUAUGAUGAUCAAAAAAAAAGUAAAAAUAUAAAUAAUGAACUUAUAUAUAAUAAUUCCAAAAGGUUAAGUGCAUACAUUAUAGAUGUAAAUAAAAAAUUGGAAUAUGUUUUCCUGUCUCUUUAUAAAUAUCCAGAAAAUAUAUUAAACCAAAAAUUAGAAGAUAUACAACAUACCAUACUACAAGAAAAUUUAUUUGAAAAUAAUUAUUUUAAAGCUGAAGUAACAGAUUAUUGUAAUAAUGGAAAUAACAUUAUUGUUAAAAUUUUUGAAAAUAAAAAUGCUAGUAUAAGAGUUAAAAUUAAAUCACACAAUAUUAUUAAUACACGUAAUAUACUUAGAAAUUUUGAUUAUUUAAAAAAUAAAGUCAUAACACAUGAAUUUAAUAAAUAUUUCACCAAUAUGGAUGAUUUAAUCCAUCAAAAUGUAGCAAAGGGAAAUAUAAAUAAAAAUUUAAUAAAUCAAGAAAUAUAUGCAAAGGAAAAAAAUAUUCAGUCCAACGAAAAAAAUUAUAAUAAUCAUGAUAAUAGUAAUGAUAUUAAUAGUAAUGUUAAUAAAAGUAAUGAUAAUAGUAGUAGUUAUAAAAAUAUAGCUAAAAAAAAAAAAGAUUAUAUUGAAAAAUUUAAACAAUUUAAAGAUCAAUAUUACGGUUGUAAAGAUGUAGAUGCUCUAAAAUAUAUUAAUGUUGAUGAUUAUAUUUAUAAAAGAGAAAAAUUACUUUACGUAAGAAUUAUAAACAAAACUUUAGACAGAAAUGUAUAUGAAGGAAGUAUGGUUCAUUCAGAAAUUAUUAAUAAAAAUAUUUAUGAUAUUAUUAAACAAAUUACUAAUAAAAAUAAUAUUUGUAUUAAUUAUGAUGCAAAAUUAAGAUAUCCCUCAAAAGUUAUAGCAUUCUUUAAUAAUUUUGUUAUUCUUUCUACAAAAAUUUUGAAAACAGAUAUACUUACAGAUAUUAUAAAAAAUCAAGAAUCAAAUAAAAUUAAUGACAAAUCAAAACUUCCAAAUAUUGUUGAAAAGGAUGUCAUCACACUAAUUGAAAAACGUUACAUUGAUCAUGAAAAUUUAAAAGUAGGAGAUAUCUUUUUUUGUAGAUUUGAAAAUGUUAAAAGACAAAGUAUACGAAAUGUAUUUAAUUUAUCCAAUAGUGCAAUUAUCAAUAUAUAUAACACAUUUUUUAAAAAAGACAAAGACUCGUAUAUAGUACCUUCUAAAUAUAAAGAAGAACAACAUAUGUUACAUGAUGAAAUCAAACAAAAGGAAACUAAAAAACAACAACAACAACAACAACAAAAAAAAAAAAAAAUAUAUAUCAACUCAAGUAGUACAAAUGAAGACAUAAAUAUUGUUAACAAUAUUGACACAAAAAAUCAAGAGGAUGGAAAUCAGAAAUCUACUACAGAAUAUGUAAACAAAAAUAUAAAUCAACAUACGUUUGAAGAACUGUUCUUUGAAAAAUAUGAUAUUUAUUUUAUGAAAGCAGAAUUACAUAAAGAUACUGAAUAUAGAUUAAAUAAAAAUAAUAUUGACAAAAAUUUCAAAUUAUUGAAAAAUAUAUGUGAUAAUUAUCUUUCAGGUUUUAAUAAAUCUUAUGUAAAUUAUUCAAGUAUUCGUGAACAUUAUAUUCUUACAUAUUUAGGAGAAGAAAAUUAUAAAAUAUAUAGACAAAUUGUUUCUGAUUAUUUUUCAUCCAACGAAAAUUCUUAUAAAGAACUUCUACAAACAGAUUGUCAAGAAUUGUUAACAAGCAUUUUUGAUAUUGCUCUAGAUAAACCUAAUGAAUUAAAUAUAGAAAACAUACAAAAUUUUAAUAAACUCUUGUGGGAUAAAGUAAAUAAACUUAAUGUUAAUGAAUUAAAUUAUGUUUUACAAGAUCUUAAAAAAUUAAAAAAUAGGUUAUAUAUAUAUCCAUGUUCGUAUGAUAAUCAAAUUGGAAGAAUGAACCUUAUAUUAAAUAAUCAAAAACCAAUUAAAAAGGAACACAUACUAAAUCUAAAUGUAAACGAUAAUAUAAAAGAACUACUACUAAAAGAAUACAAAAAUUUUACAUUUCCCAUUGAUUAUAUAAAAGAAUUAAUUUUAAAAAAAAAAUUCUCCAAACAUAAAGACAAUGACAAAAUUGGUAUUAUUUAUAUUCUUGCAGAAGAAACUAUCCACCUUUAUGAAAAUUCAGCAAAGGAUGUUGAACCGUUUAGUGAAGACCAACUUAACACUUUAAGAGCACAAGUUUUGAAGAAAUCAAAAAAAAAUAUUAUAGAAGGAUCACCUCAGGAAGAAGAAAGUUUUCAUUCCUCUCUUUAUGAUGUGGAAAAUAAUCAAAUCAGAAAAAUAUUAUAUAUGAUAAAGGAGGAUUUAGAAAAGCAGAAAAAGAAAAACAAAUUGGAUGAAGUUGACAAAGAAUAUGAAGAAGAACAGAAAACACAUAUAGAUGCCACAGAAUAUCAUAAGAAUUUACCUGAACUUGAAGAAAUGAAUAAAUUAUCUGAAGAUGUCUUUUAUAUGAAGCUACCAUUCGUUGAAUAA